GUGUGUUAACUUGCAGCACCACAAAUUUCACUUAUCAUGACUGCAGAGCUUCGGCUUCCAGGCUUCAGGUUCCACCCUACAGAAGAUGAACUCCUCAAUUUUUAUCUCAAAAACAUGGUGUUUGGGAAAAAAAUACAUUAUGAUAUUAUAGGUUUGCUUAAUAUUUACCACCAUGAUCCUCGGGACUUACCAGGAUUGUCGAAGGUGGGAGAGAGAGAGUGGUAUUUUUUUGUUCCAAGAGACAGGAAACAUGGCGGUGGAGGAAGGCCCAACAGGACUACUGAACAUGGAUUCUGGAAAGCUACCGGCUCUGACAGGAAAAUUGUGAGCUUAUCCGAUCCAAAGCGCAUUAUUGGCCUCAGGAAAACUCUUGUUUUCUAUGAAGGAAGAGCUCCUAAAGGACUAAAGACUGACUGGGUUAUGAACGAGUAUCGCCUUCCAGAUAGUUGCCCUUUGCCUAAGGACAUUGUAUUGUGUAAGAUAUACAGGAAGGCAACUUCCCUGAAAGUCCUGGAGCAAAGGGCAGUGGAGGAAGAGAUGAAGGCAAUUCAAGCAUCACCUUCUCCACCAUCAUCAUUUGAGACAAUCUCCUUCUGUAGUCACCAAGAGGACCAACAAAUGGCACCCAUAAAUAUGUCCCUGGCCCAUAUGACACUCAAACAAGAAGAACAAGAAGUGAUCAUGGAAGAGGAUAUGAUAAAUUUGUAUGAAAAACUUGUAAAAGAGGAGAAAAAAGGGUCUUCAAUGUGUCUGCAAUUACCAUCAGGGAAGACAGAAUUGCCAGAGCUCCAAAUGCCAAAAAUGAACAUGGAUUGGAGCCAGGACCAGGUUUGGAGUCAGCCUAGUCCCUGGCUUCAAAAUAUGGCACAGAAUUUGACCCCUAGUUAUGUUAACAAUUUCUAGAGCAUAGUAAUCUGUUCCCAAGAAUAUAUUAAAUAACUCUUCUGUAGAUAUAGCUACAUCUUGUUUGAAUCUUGUUUUAAGUAUGUAUAAUUCUGUUCUUAAUUUCUUGCUCAGUUAAAAAGCCUGCUCGGCACUAAUUUUGAACUGUUUUGCUGAUGUUCACGUAGAUGGGAAUUCUACAUUUCAAUCAAUGAACUUCGUGUUUCAGUAA